AAGGCUUCAUACUGAAUAGACGGCCAGAGUUUGUGAGAGCGCGGGUCCAAAUAUCUCGGUUCAUUUUGAUCGCAGCCUCCCAAAGUAAUUGUGCCGGCACCGACAUGAAGUUACUCAUCAAGUUGAUUUUAGUCAGCUUUCUCAUCACAUCUCAAGCUUUGUGCGAAGAAGAAGACGAGGGGCCCAAAAUGAAUAUCGCAGUCUGCAGGUGCCGACAGAAGUAUGGAUACAUCGACCGUGGACAAGAUUAUCCCAUAGCUAUCACGACCGGAGAAAUCGUAAAAAUCCACGGAAAGGAGGAAUGUAGGUGCAACCUUGGCGCGGUCUUCCUUAAGUUUUUGAAAGAAGAAAAUCUGAGCAUAAAAAAAUUCGUAACGUUGCACGAGAACGGAUCCUUAGGACCGUGGAAGGCCCGUAACUGGUUGAGAUGGCACGGGCUCAAAGUCAGGACAUAAAUGAAGAAAAUACCAACCGCGGACCACCUGACCUGGGACCUUGAGAAUGACCGUGAAGAAGGGGCUUCAUUCACAAGACUUCUAUAUACAACUUCUACUUCUUUACUUAAUAUCAUAAUCAAAUAGCACAUCCGUUUGCGAUAUUUUUUUGCACUUUACCUACCUACAAAUGAAUCAGUGAGAACGAAAACACACCAACCAGGUAACUAGAAAAUGCCCAGUUUCCAUUAAAGACAGUUAAUUUACAUGAAGGUUAUUGAAGUUCGCGCAUCUGUUCCAACGUGGACCUUAAAAAUGUCCAUACGUGCUUGUCUUUUGGCAGCAAACAUAUUUUUCUUAAACUAACUUCUCCUCGUAUUUUGCAUUUUUGUGUGUGUCUUGAUUAUUUUCAUUCCUCCAGGUUGGUGUGUUUUCGUUCUCACUGAUUCAAGUACGAUGUUUCUGUUUUUUUAAUCAUAGUUACAAACAAUUCAAGAGGGAAAAAUGCGUGAAUGUAUGAAAGAAUACCAAAUAUAAAAUAUUUAUUCAUUCUCAA